AUGUCAGUAGGCCAUUCUGUUCGCAGUGCAGAGACCUACCAUCCUCGUCCCUAUUUUCGCUCGCGGAGGAUCAGAAAGGGUACCAUUGACCGACCAGAACUGAGAGAAAAAGACCCUCGAGGGAUCUGGAUCACGCUGAUCCCAAUCUUUGGCCUCCUCGUUGGUCUGGCGGCUAUUGCACUGUUAUCCUGGUCUGGUUAUGCCUCGGUCAGCAACUACCAAUAUUGCCAAGUUUUUGUGGAUGAUUUCUCGAAUGGUUUCAAUUCAACGAUAUGGACCAAGGAUGUCGAAACAGGUGGCUUUGGCAAUGGCGAGUUUGAGUUGACAACCGGUGGUGAUGAAAACGUGUUUGUCCGCGACGGACAGCUCGUUUUCACGCCGACUCUGCAAAACGAAAGUUACCUUGAGACCACCAGCAUCACCAACUUGACUGCAGAUGGCACCUGCACUGAAACACCGUUAUCGGACGCCUGUGUCUUAUCUGCCAAUCUUACAGCAGGAGAGAUUGUCCAGCCUGUCAAGUCUGGCCGGAUCAGCACCAAGAACUUCGCCGUCAUCAGAUAUGGUCGGGUCGAGAUCACUGCCAAACUCGCCGCCGGCGACUGGCUCCUUUCGCAGUUUUUCAUGUACCCAGCAGAAGACUACUAUGGUACUUGGCCCGCGUCCGGUCAAGUCGACGUUGGGGUAGUGAGGGGCAACAAUUACUCCUACGGCGACGGCCUGGGGAACCAGUUGCUCCAGAGCUCUCUACACUGGGGCCCGGAUCCUAGCACGGACCGUUGGCAGCACACUACUGGUUCUCGAGAAGCCUUGCACGCAACAUAUAACGACGACUUCCACACCUUCGGCCUUGAGUGGACACCAAACUACCUCUUUACAUGGGUCGACAGCCGUCUGGCUCAGGUCACAUACCUCAAGUUCGCCACCGACUUUUUCAACCUUGGAGGCUUCGGCACGACAUUCGAGAAUGGAACAAGAAUUGUAGAUCCAUGGGAUGGACCCGGGACAAGUCACGCCACCCCCUUCGACCGCCCAUUCUAUCUAAUUAUGUCUUUGGGCGUGGGAGGGACUUCUGGCGCCUUUGCGGACGGCGUAGGAGGCAAGCCGUGGGUGGACGCAUCUACCACAGCAAAAAAGGACUUCUGGGAAGCCAGGGCCCAAUGGGAACCGACCUGGAAAAAGGAGGGCCAUGGUGAAAUGGUUGUGAAAAAGGUCGCCAUGUGGCAGCAAUGCGAUGCUGCGGCCACUGACCUAUCAGGAUUCACUCGAUAG